CAGGCGUUUGUGAAGCGUUGUAUUUUGUGAACCAGUGACAAAGAAAAGAAACAAUGGCUGCUUCAGGUCUACAAGUUCUGGGUUUAACUCUGGCGUUUCUCGGCUUGAUUGGUGAAAUCGUCAUCUGUGCUCUUCCCAUGUGGCGAGUAACUGCGUUCAUCGGGCAGAACAUCGUGACCGCGCAGACCUUCUGGGAGGGCCUGUGGAUGAAUUGCGUGAUGCAGAGCACAGGCCAGAUGCAGUGCAAGGUCUACGACUCCAUGCUGGCUCUGCCGCAGGACCUGCAGGCCGCGCGCGCACUCGUAGUCAUCGCCAUCCUGCUGACGCUGUUCGGUCUCCUGCUUGCGGUCGCCGGGGGAAAGUGCACGAACUGCAUCGAGGACGAACCCACCAAGGCGCGCGUGUCCGUGGCGGCUGGCGUGUUCUUCCUAGUGGGUGGUGUUCUGUGCUUGAUUCCUGUGUGCUGGUCGGCUCACACAGUCAUCAUGGAUUUCUACAACCCCACACUGGCGGACGCGCAGAAGCGCGAGCUCGGCGCGUCGUUGUUCAUUGGCUGGGGCGCUGCCGGGCUGCUGCUUCUCGGGGGCGCGCUUUUCUGCUGCCAGUGUCCGAAAAACGAAUAUCGAGGUUAUUCGGCCAAGUACACCGCACCGAGGGCAAACACAAACGGUGGCAACUAUGUGUAAAGGCUACCCAACGCUUUACCUUAUUGACUGUGAAUCUGUUGAGUGACUAUUGUGGUGUUUAAUGAAUUUAUUUUUUUUUAACUUAAAUUUUUACUAAAUAAACAGGUUUUUAUGCAACAUU